AUGGAUGGAGAAGAUUGGUUAGAUAAGCCUAAAUGGGGGAGUAGUGGUUCUGAUAAGUCCUUAGAGGAAGCAAACCAGACUUUCGACACUAUAGGGCAAAGUGUAUUUAAUCAAGAGGACGAUAAUGAUCCCCUUGAACAUAACGCAUGGUCUAAGAAUUUUCCAGUUAAAGCACAAACUGCAGUAGAAGAAGAAGAAGAAGAAGAAGAAGAGGAAGAAGAACAGGUAGAAGGAGAAGAUGGAGAUGUCUCAAAUAUUAAGGAAGACGACGAUGUUUCACAAGCUAAUGAUACACUGCUUUCACAGCAAUUACUUUCUACACUAGCACCUGAAGAAGAUCCCUUACAUAACAUUGGAGUUGUUGGAUCAUUGCGGUCGCCUGCUAAGGGAGACCCAUUAUUUUUGGGGUUUUCGACGUCUUCACCCCUUGGCUUGGAGGACUUGGAUUCUAAUUCUCCUGAUCCAGCAGGGAUGAGUUCAAUGUCUCCAAAGAAACAUGGGAAGGUUCAAAGGCUAUUUAGUGCGACUAUGAUGCGUCGGAAUCCACUUUCAGAGGAAGAAGAGAAGGAUCUUAUUGUUGAUCCAUUGGCUGGAGAGUCCCGCUCAGCUGCUGACUGUGAAUUUACAGAUGAAAAUCUAGACGAAGCGAGUGGAGUUUCUGGAAGAACCUUGUUGCAAGCGCUUGAUGCGCCUUCCUUUGAAGUUUCGAAGCGUACGGCAAGAAGUCAAACGUUACGGAACGAAGAAGAAGAAGAAGAAGAAAGCAAGCCUGAGGUUAGUGCGUUUCAUAUUGAGGUUGUUGAUCCAGUGAAAGUUGGUGAUCUAACAUCUGCGCACAUUGAGUACACUGUGAAUACGAAGUCCUCUUUGAUUCCAGAAGGAAAGGCAUCUGUAAAAAGACGUUAUAGGGAUUUCAGAUGGCUGUAUCGACAGCUCCAAAACAACCAUUGGGGAAGGAUAAUCCCUGCACCUCCAGAUAAGCAGGCUGUUGGCAGGUUUAAACAGGGAUUUAUUGAAAAUAGAAGAUUCCAAAUGGAGCGGAUGCUGCAAAAAAUUUCUCAGAACGCUCUUCUACAGCGAGAUGAAGACUUCAUCAUGUUUCUAACCUCAGCGAACUUCGUCCAGCAGUCGAAAUUACGUGAAAGUGAGACUGGUUCUAGAGCUUCGAACGAUAACAGCGAUCCUUCAGAGGUGCAUAUAAGCGCACUUAAACUGCUAGGCGCAGAAGAUGCGGAAUCAGUUAUAAAAAAUGGUGGCUUGGAGAGUGACUCAAAUACAGGUUUCAUGGGUAUUUCAUUUAGUUCCACUCCUAAAUACUCGGAGCCUGAUCCUUAUUUUAUUUCAAAACGACAAGAAGUCGAAAUUCUUGAAGAGCAGUUAAAGCAGAUGUAUAAAUCACUGGAGCUAGUUGAUGCACAGAAGAAUGACUUGGUUUCUAUCAUUAACGAAUUUGCCGCUACCCUAAAAUCAUUAGUGAACUUGGAGGCGUCUAAAAAGAUAUCAGUGUUACUUACAGAUUUCGCUGCAGUGCAUUUGCGAAUUAUGGAAUCACUUCAACGGUCUUCUCAACAGGAUUCUUUAACUUUGGGUGUCACAAUUGAUGAGUAUUUGCGAUCCCUUGGAAGCAUUAAAGCAAUUUUCAAUCAGCGGGCAAGGGUAGGACACUACUUGAUCACUGUAGAAUCAGAUUUAUCUAAGAAACAAGCACAAUUACAGAAGUUGAUUAGCAAUCCUAGGAGUGUGAAUGAAAAGAUCGAAAAUACAAAACAUGAACUGAAUUUAUUACAAAAAAGACAUAAAAUGAUAAAGGACCACUGGGAAGCUGUGGCUAAAACAAUCCGGCAAGAGCUUUCAGUUUACACUGAUACUAAAGUUGCAGAUUUCAGAAAUAAUAUGGAGAUCUAUUUAGAAUCCGCUAUAGAAACACAGAAGGAGUGCAUUGAGCUGUGGGAAACAUUUUAUCAGAAUAGUCUGUAA